GAAUUUUAUAUUUUCUCCCUGGAACUAGGUUACAGCCGAAGAAAUCAAGAUGGUCCCAAAUUACUCUACCGAAGAAACCAUUAAAAGAAUCCACGUUGACUGUCCCGUUUCAGGAAGGCACAGUUACAUCUACAUUAUGGUUCCAACUGUUUACAGCAUCAUCUUUAUCAUAGGCAUAUUUGGGAACAGCCUGGUCGUUAUUGUCAUUUACUGCUACAUGAAAUUAAAAACAGUAGCCAGCAUCUUUCUUCUAAACCUGGCGCUGGCUGACUUGUGUUUUUUAAUAACUCUGCCACUCUGGGCAGCCUACACGGCCAUGGAGUACCAGUGGCCUUUCGGCAACUGUUUAUGUAAGUUAGCAUCAGCGGGGAUAAGUUUCAACCUGUACGCCAGUGUGUUCCUCCUCACAUGCCUUAGUAUUGACCGGUACCUGGCCAUAGUACACCCAGUGAAGUCCCGAAUUCGACGUACCAUGUUUGUUGCCAGAAUAACUUGCAUUGCCAUCUGGCUUCUCGCCGGUGUGGCCAGUUUGCCCGUCAUCAUUCACCGUAAUAUAUUCUUUGCUGAGAACUUGAACAUGACAGUCUGCGGUUUUCGGUAUGACAACAAUAACACAACGCUCCGGGUUGGGUUGGGUUUAUCCAAAAAUUUGCUGGGCUUUUUAAUUCCUUUUCUGAUCAUAUUAACAAGCUACACCUUAAUUUGGAAAACCCUGAAGAAGGCAUAUCAAAUUCAAAAAAAUAAGACUAGAAAUGAUGAUAUUUUUAAGAUGAUCGUGGCAAUAGUAUUUUUCUUCUUCUUUUCCUGGAUUCCUCAUCAAGUGUUCACUUUUCUGGAUGUAUUAAUUCAAUUACAUGUAAUAACAGACUGCAAAAUCACUGAUAUUGUGGAUACAGCUAUGCCCUUCACCAUUUGCAUUGCUUACUUUAACAAUUGUUUGAAUCCUUUUUUUUAUGUUUUUUUUGGAAAAAACUUUAAAAAAUACUUCCUUCAGCUAAUAAAAUACAUUCCACCAAAUGUCAGUGCACAUCCAAGCCUAACAACGAAAAUGAGCUCCCUCUCAUAUCGGCCACCAGAAAAUAUACGCUUGCCCACUAAAAAGACUGCUGGUUCUUUCGACACUGAGUGAUGUGAUUUGCAAUAUACUUUUUUUGAACAACCUUGUGAACGAAGCAGCAAGAAUGACAAAAUUCAUCUGCAGUCCUGAACAUCACAGCUUACUGCUCAUUACAGAAACAUUAGAUCACCUCAGAGAAAUCAUACUGUAAAGAUUUAGCAGUGGCCUUUUAUUUUACAUUGUGAAGAGGACUGCUUGGUUUUCAUUUUGUUUUUCUUUACUGAAUGCAACAUGAACAGUGGACAGGCAUGUCAGAGUUUCUGUCAGCAUCCUGCCAUUUACUCAGAA